GGGCUCCUGCUGCUGCUGCUGCUGCCGCCGCUCCUGCCGCUGCCGCAGGUGGCGCUGAGCUUCUCAGACGGCAGCUGCGACCCCUCGGACCAGUGCCCGCCCCAGGCCCGCUGGAGCAGCCUGUGGCACGUGGGGCUCGUCCUGCUCGCUGUCCUCCUGCUGCUCCUGUGUGGGGUCACGGCCAGCUGUGUCCGAUUCUGCUGCCUCCAGAAGCAGGCACAUGCCCAGCCACAUCUGCCACCAUCACGGCAGGCCCGAGACCUGACAGUCAUCCCUGUGGACAGCGACAGCCCUGUGCAUAGCACUGUAACCUCCUACAGCUCUGUGCAGUACCCACUGGGCAUAUCGCUGCCCCUGCCCUUUGGGGAGCUGGACACCGACUUCAUGGCCCCUCCCGCCUACAGCCUGCGUGCCCUUGAGCUGCCACCCUCCUAUGAUGAGGCUGUCAAGAUGGCCAAACCCAGAGAGGAGGAGCCAGCACCCUCCCAGAAGCCCAGCCCUCUGCCUCAGGCCUUAGGUCUAGAGAACACUCCAGGGCCCCAGGAGCCACGCCCCAAUGACCAACACCCCGACUGUAGCCCUGGUGCCCCUUGAAAGGGCAGGAGAACUCUCCUGGAGCCAUCAGGCCAGAGCUUGGAUAGUGGUGCUUGGGUCCAAGGACCCCCAGCCCACCCCACCAUCCUUUCCCUGGGAAGGCCAGCCUCCAGCACAUUGCUGCAGCCCCGGCCUCAUUGCUAGGCAACGUGGGCCAGCAGAGCCAGCCUUGUGUUGACCACCCUCCCAGGCAGGCUGCUGCUUUCGGCCCUGGCCCCUAACCCAGACCCACAGGCCCUCAGCGUGGAGGAGGCCCCACGGACCCAAGCCACGAGACCUCAGGGACCGUGAUGUCUGCAGCUUUUUGGAGAGAAUAAAGUUUGUAUCUAAGUGGU